AUGCAGCGACUGUGUGUGUGCGCGCUCAUCUUGGCACUGGCUCUGGCCACCUUCUCCGAAGCUUCUUGGAAGCCUGGCUCCCAGCUGCAGGAUGCACCGUCCGGUCCAGGAGUCCAUAGGGGCCUGGAUCUACAUUCGUUGGACCGGCUGGGCCCAACCUCUCACCACCAAAGGCAGCUGAGGUUCCAGGGUUCCCCAGACCUGGUGGCAGACCUGUCCAAGAAGCAGGGGCCAUGGCUGGAGGAAGAAGAAGCAGCGUAUGGAUGGAUGGACUUCGGCCGCCGCAGUGCCGAGGAGGGGGACCAGCAUCCCUAG